CUUUUCUUUUCGUCGUUGCUGUUCGGCUUCGUUGCUUCGCAGAGGUGUAGAGACUAGAGAUUGCGCGCGUCGCUACUUCGGCUCCUUCGUGGCUGUUCGACUUCGCUCCUUCGACGACUUUCCCUUCCUGUCGGGUCGGAAGUUACGACAUUUUGAUCGGAAGCAACAACGGGAGCAUGCUGGCUGUGAAGGUUCUCCCUUUCGCGCGCUUCUUCGGCGAUUGUUGAGCUUCGGCGACACGGGCGCCGCGGGUUACCCCAGAAAGCAAUUCAAUUUACCCUCAAGAAGCUUGCCUUGUGCCAGGGCUAACUUAAAAUCUCAGCUGUUGAAAAGCUCACCUCCAGAAAAUGACUUACAAAGAGCUUCCCCCAUAGUCAAAAUGUGUGGCAUUACUUCUGCUAAGGAUGCAGAACUUGCAGCUCAGUCUGGAGCAUCACUAAUUGGUAUGAUCCUGUGGCCAAAAUCAAAACGUUCUGUUUCAGUAUCGACCGCAAAAGAAAUCUCUGUGGCUGCACGUAACAAUGGAGCAGAACCUGUUGGAGUAUUUGUUGAUGAUGAUUUGGACACCAUGCUAAGAGCUUCUGAAGCAGCUAAUCUUGAAUUUUUGCAACUUCAUGGAGAUGAUUCUCGUGCUGCACUGCCACAACUGCUUAGUACAAAGAGGGUCAUUUAUGUUCUUCAUGCUGAUGAAGAAGGAAUGCUUCUGAACAAUGUUACUACUGAAGAUUCUUCCUUGAUUGAUUGGGUUUUGGUGGACAGUGCAAAAGGUGGCAGUGGCAGAGGAUUUAAUUGGCAAAAGUUUCAGGUUCCAUUUAUAAGCAGUAAACAUGGAUGGUUGCUAGCUGGAGGACUGCAUCCUGAUAAUGUCUGUGAAGCCAUUGUUGCUUUGAGACCAGAUGGAGUUGAUGUCAGUAGUGGCAUCUGUGAUACCAAUGGCAUUCAGAAGGAUCCCAUGAGAAUAUCUUCCUUUAUGAGCAAAGUUAAUUCAUUAGGUCAUUCUUGAUCAAAAGAUGAAGAGUAGCACACAGAUGAUGGAAGGAAAAAAAAAAUUUCUUGAAGUGAUGAUUCUAUUCAUAAAGUUGACCAUGACGAAGUAUGAUGUAAAUAUAUAUUUACAUUUUUUUAUUUAAAUUAUGGGUAUAUUUAAUUUUUCUAUUUUUCAAGUAGAAGAGAAGAUUCAUUUUUAAAGUUAUUUGGAGGACUUCUUAGGUGAAUGAUACAAGUGUAAGCUUACUUGAAGCCCUUUUUUUUAAUAUUGUUGUAAUUUCAAUCUAAAUUUAGUAGAUAUUGUUUAAAUUAUGUAUUGGUGAUAACUUUAGAUCA